UUCUUUUUGUCUUCAUUGUGAACAUUUCCUCUCUGGAAAACUCGUUAGAUUUAGUCGGUGCUGUACUUUGUUUUGAAGUAAUCAAAACCUUAAACAGGUUUUUUUUUGGGCAAAAAAUGGUAAAAAUUUUAAUGAUACUUCUAAUGCUUGGACUUAUCAUUAAUCGUGGAUUAUCCGUUCAUGAAAACCUGUCUCCCAAGCUACUCACCAACAAAUCAUGUUCGCCUCGAGAUAUUUUUGGAACAGACCGGAAAUUUACGCAUUCGAAGACCUCAAAGUCGGAUAUCAAUAUUUCAUGUAGUGAUGAUGAGUAUCUGAAGGAAUGUCAUUCUGGACAAAGUGGCACGUCGCUGACUCACCAUUUUGCAGGCCUUCUUAAGCCUGGGGCGACUUUAAAUUUAAGGAACAUUGUCGCAGAGAAGCGACUGAACCUGUCAGAGACAGCUACAGGCGGACAAGAAAACGAGGAAAGUCCAUACAGGUUGCAUCGAAUUGACCCAGUGGAGGUUGGUUAUGUGCGUGAACUAAAUUUGGUGCCUGGGAAAGUACAUACAAUGAGGACCCUUAGUUUACGUCCCACCUUAUUUGAAAUCCAGGAUUUUCUUAGCGAACAGGAAUGCGAUGAUAUAAUUUUCAUGGCGAAAACGCAAGGUCUAGAGCGAUCUAAAACUCUUGGAGAAAAAGUACCCGAUGGCGAGGAACAAAGUCCAAACAGAACCGCGGAAAGAAAUGUGCCAGAGAAUCCAGCGGAAACUUUCCUGCAUCUCGACUUAAAUGCUGAUGGAAGCAUGGACGUAGCAGAGAUUUCUCAGGCUCUUAUGGAGUUGGGGAGAGUUCUUGUCGACGAAAAAAUUACUAAAAAAAUCAUGAAAGACUUAACCAUGGACCCAAAUAAUGACGGUGUGAUAACAUACAACGAAUUCAUAAGACUAACCACAGAAAGCAAGAUGAAAGACAUAACGCAUUACUUGGAGAAAAUUCAUCAGACAAAGCCAAAUAAACGAACCCGAGAUAGCAGCACUGCUUUCCUUGAUCCAUACGAGCACGUGGAUUUCAAACCACUAUUCGAUAGUCUACGAGAGAGGUACGUCGUAAGACCUGUUAUUAGAUACCGUGAGAAGCAGCAUUAUCACUGCCAUUAUGAUUCAGACAAUGAAUUAGAAAAACUUUUGCCUUGCUGUCAUCAAGUUGAAAGUCUCGAGGAGAGUGAAUUCGAAGAUAUCGAUUGUAUUCCGUGCAGGUAUUUGACGUUCUUUUAUUAUUUAAACGAGCCUACACUGGGUGGCGACACUGCAUUCCCAAUUGCCGACAACGAAACUGCACCAGUAAAUGACAAUCCGAAAGUUGUAUUAACAUCUGCUCUGACGGAUGGUGUAGUGAACAAGUGUGACCUAAGUGACCAUUGCUAUGAUGCCAACUUGUACUACAAACCAAAACGUGGAACCGCCUUGUUUUGGUACAACCAUCUUGUCAACGAAGAAACUGGCUGGCUGGGCCCAAUAGAUUUGAUGAGUUAUCAUGGUGGAUGUGACGUCCUGGAGGGUACAAAAUGGGCAGCAAAUAAUUGGAUUAAUGCUGGAAAUGACCGUGAAACUGAUCUGAAAGUUUGGGAGAUUAGCAGAUUGGUGGAGAAGGACUUCCAAGAGAGAAUGGAACGAUACCCGUGGGAGGAGCAAACCCGCGGGGAAGAAGAAACCCCUGGGAAAGAAGAAACCCUCAGGAAAGAGGAAACUCAUGAAAAGGACAGUUUGCGAGGAGCAGAAGAGACUCCAAACCGAAGGGCUGAACAAACCCACAUUGAAGAAAAAACCCCUAGGCAAAAAGAAAAUCGUGGAGAGGGGGAAACUCACAGGGAAAAAAAAAUACCGGGACAAAACCGUACGGACAAAGAAGUCCAGAAGGAAAAAAGGAACAGAAAUGAUUAACAUGAUAUAAAUUUCAAUCAAGUUUACUUUAUCUAUUAAAACAACGCAGAAUUCAAGAACAAGUAUUUUGAACAUUUAAAGUAACUGUAUUUAUGAUACUUAUAGAGUUCGUGCUCCUUUCGCGUCUUUUGAUUGGCUAGUAAAGAUUUUCGUCCUCUAUUCCUCUAAUCAUUUACGAGUACAUUAGAUUUUGACAGCCGUUGUAAGAUCUCCACUGAACGGCGUUUGGCACCCGCAUUAAUUAGAAAUAUUUUAAUUUUAUGUAACAACUUCAGCAAAAUUGACAUUUAAAAUGGUCAAUUACUUAGCUUUCUGUUUCGUUCUCACAGAGAUUAGUGACUAUAUAUGGACAUAAUAUUCAUCAUUCUUAAAUUUUCUUUAGCUCUGAAUACUUACUUCAAACCAUAUUUUGUACUUGACUAUAUAAUAGUUAAAUUUUAGAAAAUUUAUUAACUGAAUUCUACAUAUCCGAAAUAAAGUAAAGUGAUUUUAAUUUA